CCCCGAGGCCAAAACUGAGGGGAUUUAAUUCCGUUUAUUUUAUCCCAGUGCAGACUCAACAGGACAAACCCCUGACGUUUCUGGUUUUUGCUUCCAAACCCAAACAGUUUUAGCCUUUGGAAUUUCAUUUAUAUUGGAUGGACAUCCACAUGCUUCAUCCCCACCUGCCAAAUCCCUGGAUUUCUUCCCAGUCCUUCUCCCCACAGCUGCCUCCUCCCUCCUUCCCUGGUCUCUGGGCUGGUUUGUCCUCCUGGUUUUGAGGAGGUUUGAGUUUCAAACCCUCCUGUUCUUCGCAUUCAGCUGCUCCCCUGAGCUCUGUAUCCUCCCCCCUCACACACUCCAUGGAUUUAUGGAAUGGCUUUUCCAGCUGGUUGGAGAGCUGAGCAGAGACUUCAGUGGUCCCAGAGGUUUUUGGGACAGGCCUUGUCUGCUGAAAUCAUCCUUUUUACAGGCCCAGGAGGGCAAAGCAGGGCCAAGGAUGGGAUCAGCAGGGGGGUUUCUGCUGGGGAAGUUGGCACUGAAGGCUCUGCUUAAAGAGAGGGAAAGGAAUCCCAGGGAAAGGGUUAAACCCAGGGAAAGGAACACCCCCCCCUCCAGCAGCUGGUGAAAUCAGGGAAUCCUGGAAUGGUUUGGGUUGGAAGGGAACUUAAAGAUCAGCCAGUUCCAACCCCAACACCUCCCACUCUCCCAGGUUGCUCCAACCCGGCCUUGGACACUUCCAGGGAUCCAGGGGCAGCCACAGCUUCUCUGGGAAAUCCAUCCCAGCCCCUCCCCACCCUCCCAGCCAGCAAUUCCUUCCCAAUAUCCCAUCCAUCCCUGCCCUCUGGCACUGGGAAGCCAUUCCCUGUGUCCUGUCCCUCCAGGCCUUGUCCCCAGUCCCUCUCCAGCUCUCCUGGAGCCCCUUUAGGCCCUGGAAGGGGCUCUCAGCUCUCCCUGGAGUUUAGUUUUUUGCUUUAAUCCCUGGAAGCAGCAUCCCCCAGGAAUUGUCUGGAGCCAUCCCUACCUCCAACUCCAUGGAAUCACAGGAUCCCAGAGUGCUUUGGGUUGGAAGGGAAUUUAAAGCUCAUCCCAUCCCACCCCCUGCCACGGGCAGGGACACCUCCCACUCUCCCAGGUUGCUCCAGCCUGGCCUUGGACACUCCCAGGGAUCCAGGGGCAGCCAGAGCUUCUCUGGGAAAUCCAUUCCAGCCCCUCCCCACCCUCCCAGCCAGGAAUUCCUUCCCAAUAUCCCACCUAACCCUGCUCCCUUUCAAUUUGAACCCAUUCCCCCUCGUCCUGUCCUGUCCCUCCAGUCCCUCUCCACCUUUCCUGUCGUCUCCCUGCAGGUCCUGGAAGGAUUUGGGUUGGUUUGGGGAACAGGACCUUGUAGCUGGAGCCUGUGUUUGAGGCAGGGUUUAUCCUGUUUAUCCAUCUGCUCAUCCCUGUGCCUGGCAGGGAUGGAAAAGCAGGAAUUCCUGAGCAGGAGCCAGGGGAGAGACAACCCAAGACACCGUGAGAGGAACGAGGCGACAGAGGGAGUGCAUCUCCAUCCACAUCGGGCAGGCCGGGGUGCAGAUGGGCAAUGCCUGCUGGGAGCUGUACUGCCUGGAGCACGGCAUCCGCGCCGACGGCACCAUCCCGGCACCCAAGCAGGGCAAAUCCCCGGAGCCCGGCUCGGAGCAGGCGGACUCUUCCUUCGAGACCUUCUUCUGCGAGACGGCGUCCGGGAAACACGUGCCCAGGGCCGUGUUCAUCGACCUGGAGCCCACGGUCAUCGAUGAGAUCAGGACCGGCCCCUACCACGGGCUCUUCCACCCGGAGCAGCUCAUCAGCGGUAAGGAAGACGCCGCCAACAACUACGCCCGCGGCCACUACACCAUCGGCAAGGAGAUCAUCGACACCGUGCUCAGCAGGAUCCGCAAGAUGGCUGACCAGUGCAGCGGCCUCCAAGGCUUCCUGGUCUUCCACAGCUUCGGGGGAGGCACCGGCUCCGGCUUCACCUCCCUGCUCAUGGAGCGGCUCUCCGUGGAGUACAGCAAGAAAUCCAAGCUGGAGUUCUCGGUGUACCCGGCCCCGCAGGUGUCCACGGCCGUGGUGGAGCCCUACAACUCCAUCCUCACCACGCACACCACGCUGGAGCACUCGGACUGCUCCUUCAUGGUGGACAACGAGGCCAUCUACGACAUCUGCCACCGCAACCUGGACAUCGAGCGCCCCACCUACACCAACCUCAACCGCCUCAUCGGCCAGAUCGUCUCCUCGGUCACGGCCUCGCUGCGCUUCAACGGCGCCCUCAACGUCGACCUCAUCGAGUUCCAGACCAACCUGGUGCCCUACCCGCGCAUCCACUUCCCGCUGACCACCUACGCGCCCAUCGUGUCGGCGGAGAAGGCCUACCACGAGCAGCUCUCCGUGCCGGAGAUCACCAACGCCUGCUUCGAGUUCUCCAACCAGAUGGUGAAGUGCGACCCGCGGCGCGGCAAGUACAUGGCCUGCUGCCUCCUCUACCGCGGCGACGUGGUGCCCAAGGACGUCAACGCCGCCAUCGCCGCCAUCAAGACGCGCCGCUCCAUCCAGUUCGUCGACUGGUGCCCCACGGGCUUCAAGGUGGGCAUCAACUACCAGCCGCCCACCGUGGUGCCCGGCGGCGACCUGGCCAAGGUGCAGAGGGCCGUGUGCAUGCUGAGCAACACCACGGCCAUCGCCGAGGCCUGGGCCCGCCUCGACCACAAGUUCGACCUCAUGUACGCCAAGAGGGCCUUCGUGCACUGGUACGUGGGCGAGGGCAUGGAGGAGGGCGAGUUCUCCGAGGCCAGGGAGGACCUGGCGGCGCUGGAGAAGGAUUACGAGGAGGUGGGCAGGGACUCCGCCGACGGGGAGGAGGAGGAGGAGGAGGAGGCCGAGGAGGACGAGUACUGAGGGGACGCAGCGGAGCCAAACCUCAGAGACCUUCCGUGCCCAGGGCCUGGAGGCAUCGGGACCAUCCCUUGGCAUGUUAAACCUUCCCCCGCUUCGCGUAGUCCUGGGUGUCCUGAGCUUUGCCACGCUGCUGUUUUAGCGCUGAGUUAAGGCCCGGCUUAGUGUCCCGCCCAGGCAGGAUGAUCCCGGUCUCCUCCUGCUCCAGGGGGGGAAAAAUGCUACGAGCUGCUUUGGCUGGAAUGGCAAAACUCUGGCUCUGGCUUUUGAGUGUAAAAGCACUUUUUUUUUUGGGUUAGGAACGCGCCUGUCCUUCUAUGCAACCGCCUUUUUUUUGUAUGUGAAUAAAGACCUUUUUUUUUGCC